CGCCGCUUCCGCAAUCAGCCACCGGACCGGUUGCCAUGCCUGCAGCUUCGCCUCCUGCAGAAAAUCAGGACAGAGUGUCAGGAAGGGGGAGGGGGAGGGCCCGUUGUCAUGGGGACCUGCAGCGGAAAGCCCGACUCAGUCAGAAAAUGGAAUUCAGGCUCUGAGGAAAGGAAGAUACACGGUGAUUUCUUGGGUUGAGGUAAACCCCCCCACCCCCCGGAGCUCACAUAAGGGAUUCCUAACUCUUCAUCAGAGGCCGGUGGUGGAGGCUGUGAGGUUUGGCGCUGUUGUAAGACCUGGUGCGCGUCACGGUGCUCAAGUCCGUGCGUGACCACUAAACAUGCACGUAGGAGUGGACGGGCUUUGUCAUAGAAUCCGGAUGCGUUACACGUAGAUCCUGCCAAAUGCAUUGCUACAGGUGACCGAUUUACAUCCCCCGCGGUGGUGAAUGAACGCUGCCGGAUGUCCUCCAUCCCAAACCGUGGCUGGAAGCUCUGUUUUGAUGUUUGCUGCAUACGAGGGUUUGUGCCGGAGUUUCGGAAGGGGCAUGGACGGCCGGAACAACACAGGGGAGAUCUACUUCGUCCUGCUCGGGUUCUCCCAGUACUUGCGGGCUCAGACCGUCUUCUUCUGCUUGCUCCUCCUAUCCUACGUCAUCACCCUUUUCGGGAACUGCCUCAUCCUGCGCCUGAUCUGCUAUGAUCCCCGGCUCCACACGCCCAUGUACUUCUUCCUCAGCAACCUGUCCUUCCUGGAUGUGGGCUACACCACAUCCAGCGUGCCCCAGAUCCUCAUCAACUGCUUGGUGACCGUUCCUGCCAUCUCGCUAGGACAGUGCUUGGCCCAGAUGGGUGGGCUGUAUCUGGGUGUCGUGGAGUGUCUCCUGCUGGCUGCCAUAGCCUAUGAUCGCUGUGUGGCCAUCGUGGACCCCCUGCGCCACUCCGUGUGUACGGGGCCCCGGCUUUGCAGCCUGUUGGCCGGGACCUCGUGGACGGCGGCGUUCCUGCUGACCAUGGUCCCGCUGACCAUGCCCUUGGAGUUCUGCGGCCGCCAGAUCAUCAUUCACUUCUUGUGCGAGCUCCUGGCCCUGCUCAAGCUGACCUGCUCUGACCUGCAGUUCUAUGAGCCGCUCAUGGUGGGCACCAGUGCCCUGGCUCUGCUGGUUCCCUUUGCCUUCAUCGUGGCCUCCUAUGGAAGGAUCCUGGUGGCCAUGCUGCGGAUGUGCUCCACAGAGGGCCACGGCAAGGCCUUUUCCACGUGUGGGUCUCACCUCACGGUGGUGGCGUUCUUCUAUGGCACGGCCAUCUCCAUGUACAUGAUGCCUCAGGACAAGAUCGUCCGUGACCGAGACAAGAUCGUCUCCAUGUCCUACGGCGUCCUCACCCUCAUGAUGAACCCCCUCAUCUACAGCCUGCGGAACAAGGACAUGAAAGGCGCCUUCAGGAGGCUCUUGGGGAAAAAGGCUGACUCCCAAGAUGCGGGGCUGAGGAGGGGGGAAAUAAAUUGAUACUCUGGAUUGCCUACUCUGGGCUGUAAAGUGUGAGUUACUUCUUUGCCACCGUUCUACGGAGGAUGUAUCUCACACAGACACACACACACACACACACACACACGGACUCCUAUUUUAAAAAAGUAU